AUGUUCCAUCGUCCAAACAUUAACAACAACGAUGAAAUUGUCAAAGAACAAUAUUCUGGUCGAUUAUAUCAUCUUAUACAACCUGCAUCUAUAAUACAACCAACUCAAUCAAUCUUAGCUGCCAACGAUCGUGAUUCAUCAUCAUUUCCUGCUGGAGAGCCGAGAUUAGAUGAUCGUCAUGUUGUCAAUGAACCUUUACCUGUGAUUGCAGCCUCGACAACAAAUCAUGGAAAUAGUCAAGUAUUUGAUGAAUCACCAGCUAAACGUCCACGACUAACAACUAAUAGAAGUUCAACUGCUUCAUCUGCACCACCUAUUCGGAAACGAUUUAAUCCUGUAUUACAAAAUACAGGUGCAUCACAAUCAUUUCAGUAA